AUGCCCGACGCCGACAACAAUCCUUCCAAGCCUUGUCUUCAGCAUCUCCAAGGCGAACCACUCCAAACAACGAUUCCUCCGGCUCCCGCUUCCUGCGCGCGCACCCCGCGGGCAGAUACCAGUACUCGAGCUCCUCGACAACACUUGGAGACGGGUCGCAAGCCAAUACGAGCAAGCGCAACGCCAGACAAGGGAGCCGCACGGGUGUACCAAAAUACGAACUUCUUACCUGGCGCUGCUGCGGGCGAAACACCUAAAUGCCCAGCCAGAUUUUCCGCGCCUAACACUCUCGGGGGCUUGCUUGCUCACCAUUCUCGCUCACACCCCAUUCACCUCAACAUCUACCUUUUUUCUUCCCCUUACGGUUUCUGGCAGAGCAAAGCCCAUUUUGACGGUUUGCAAUCUCCGUACACCUAA